GGCUAUCUCAAUACCUUCCCUCCAAAAUGCUAAGGAAUAAUUUAGGCAACCAUUCAGACUCUAAAACUGAAGAUGGCUCGGUCUUUUCACAGACUGAACACAAUAUUGUUGCAACUUACUUGAUUGUGGCAGGUAUAAUAAGUAUUCUUGGCAACAUAGUAGUUCUGGGCAUCUUCAUUAAGUACAAGGAACUUCGGACACCCACAAGUGCAAUUAUCAUUAACCUGGCUGUUACCGAUAUCGGGGUCAGCAGCGUUGGCUACCCUAUGUCUGCUGCUUCAGAUCUGUAUGGAAGUUGGAAAUUCGGAUAUGCAGGAUGUCAGAUUUAUGCGGGACUGAAUAUCUUUUUUGGAAUGGCAAGUAUUGGAUUGCUCACGGUCGUGGCCAUGGAUCGGUACCGGACCAUUUGCCGCCCUGACGCUGGAAGAAGAAUGACCACCAACACUUACAUCAGCAUGAUUCUGGGGGCCUGGAUCAAUGGCCUCUUUUGGGCUUUGAUGCCUAUCAUAGGGUGGGCUAGUUAUGCCCCAGAUCCUACUGGGGCCACCUGUACCAUAAACUGGCGGAAAAAUGAUGUAUCUUUUGUUUCUUUCACGAUGACAGUUAUUGCGAUCAAUUUUAUCGUGCCCUUGACCGUGAUGUUUUACUGCUAUUACCAUGUCACUCGAUCCAUUAAAUGUCACACUACUAGUCGCUGCCCUGAGCACCUCAGCAGAGAUUGGGCAGAUCAGGUAGAUGUAACAAAGAUGUCUGUGAUAAUGAUACUCAUGUUUCUGGUGGCGUGGUCCCCUUACUCGAUCGUGUGCUUAUGGGCUUCUUUUGGUGACCCAAGGAAGAUUCCUCCCUCGAUGGCCAUCAUUGCCCCACUGUUUGCAAAAUCUUCUACAUUCUACAACCCCUGCAUUUAUGUGGUUGCUAAUAAAAAGUUUCGGAGGGCAAUGUUUGCCAUGUUCCAAUGUCAGACUCAUCAAACUAUGCCCGUGAUGAGUUUUUUACCAAUGGAUGUACCUCAAAACCCAUUGACUGCGGAAGGAAUCUGAAAUAAGAGGAAAGCACAAGUUAUCAAAACAUUUUAUUUACUUUUUUUUUGUUAUGUUUUAAUUUUAUUUAAAAUACAAGCCCAUUUAGAUCAAAUGCAGACAUAGAUUAUCUCAAUAGACUGAAUUUUUCAAGUGUAGUUUAUAGUUCUUCAGUUUGUUCAUUGGCUAUGGUAGGGAAUGUUUAUUUCCUUAUAUUGUAAAGGACAAACACAUGACCUUGCCCCCAGGUGUUUAA